GUUGUUACGGCUUUCGUGAUAUAGUUAUCUCAAUAAAAUUUUGGGAGAAAUGUGUGACUGAGCUGUAUCUAUUUUGAUAGGGGUCUGAGGGCAGUUUUCUCAGGUACAUUCAUCUGUUCGUGACAGAGAGUAGCUGAACGACAGAAUCAGCUGUAUCUUUCUAGAAGGAAAACAUUGCACAACUAUCGAUUUACACAGCAGAUGCAUAAAAAGAAUCAACUGAUGUUUAUAUGAGUGAGAGCUCUUGCUGUUUGUUCAAGAAAGUGUCAAAUUAAAUUGUGAAGUAUUGCAGUUGCCUCAUUUCUCGCAUUAUUGGUGUUCGCAGCUUUACCGCAGGAUGACAACUUGGCAGCAAAAUCCACCGACAGGCUACUAUCCUGGACAACAAGGUCCACCAUUUGGGCAACCAGGCUAUCCACCACAACCGGGUUAUCCACAGCAGCAGGGUUAUCCUGCACCUCCUCCCUACACAGCUGGUGGUUUCGUACCUCCACCUGGAGCCCCUCCAUACGGUAACGUGCCACCUCCAGCUCCAGGCUUUGCAGCACCAGCUCCACAACCAACUAUGUAUGGGUCUUAUGGAGAUGAACCUCUCACUUCGGACAGUGUAGACAAUUUUGGAUUCAGUGAAAAAACAAUACGACAUGGUUUCAUCAGGAAAGUUUAUGGUAUCUUGAUGUGCCAGCUGGCUGUGACAACUGCCUUCAUUGCACUUUUCCUUUAUCAUCUUCCAACCAAGAGAUAUGUGCAGACACAUCAAGGUAUUUUCUGGGCAGCCUUUAUUGUGGUGAUUGUUACACUCAUAGCCAUGUCCUGCUGCACAAAUGUAAGGAGAAAGGCUCCAACGAAUUUCAUCUUCUUGUUCAUUUUCACAAUUGCUGAGAGUGUACUACUUGGUGUGGCUGCUUCGACUUAUGAUGCUGAAGCAGUCAUUAUGGCAGCUGGUAUAAGUGCAGCAGUGUGUUUGGGCCUCUCAGUAUUUGCAUUCCAAACAAAGUGGGACUUCACUGUAAUGGGAGGUGUCCUUUUUGUUGCUGUCAUCAUACUAAUGAUUUUUGGUAUAGUAGCAAUAUUUAUUCCAGGCAAGGUUAUUAUUUUAAUUUAUGCCUCAUUGGGUGCCCUCAUUUUCUCUGUUUAUUUGGUUUAUGAUACACAGUUGAUGAUUGGUGGCAAGCAUAAGUAUUCUAUUUCCCCAGAGGAAUAUAUAUUUGCAGCUUUAAAUUUGUACCUGGAUAUCAUUAACAUUUUCCUCUAUAUAUUAACCAUUAUUGGUGUGACAAGAGACUGAAAUUUAUAAUUGUACAUCGUCUUAUUUUUUCAGUUAAAAUUAUCAAAGUAGGUGUGAAAAAAAAUGCUGUUUGUUAUUAUAGUGUUACCAUACUGUGUGACUGUAGAGUUAGGUCUAUUCUUGAUCUCGAGUGUAUAUCUUGUAUGUAUUAAAUUUGUUGUUAAUGGUUUCAAGUUGAAUGUGUGCAAAAACAGUUGUGCAAUAUUGUAUACUUUUAAUAAAUUGUAACAAGCUGUUUCACUUUAUUGUAUGGAUAUACAAAUAUGGAUGUUUCACUCAGGUGUUGAAAGAAAAUGAUUCAUAAGUUUUGCAGUGCUGGAACAUUAAAGUUUCAUCACAUUGAAAACAUAUAAAAUAGUGGUAGAAAUAUUUUGUCCUUCUGUCUGAUAGAUUAUUACACACAUGCAACUAGUAUUCUGCCUCAAGUUGUGCAUCAGCAGUUGGGGUGGGUAUUGUGGAAUGAUACUCGAAUGGCUGGGAAUUUGUCAAAUGCUGAAAGUUCACCUCCUCUGUAUUUUCAGUCUCUUGAGCUUUUCUAAACAAAAUGUCAAUAUUUUAAAACACAUAUUUGCACUCUGUGUCAAAUAAUACAUAUAAUAAUUGUGGUAUUAUUGUGGCAACAAAAUUUAGCCUUAUGAAAGAUAAUAAAAGAAUAAUACACUGUGGAUCUGUGCAGAUGUCUUGUAUGUGAACUUGUCCAACAUUCACAUUAAUUAAUAGGAAACCAGGUAAAAUAGACGGUCAUUCGUAUGUGAUACCAAUUUGUGGAUAGCAGCUGUAUUUCAUAUGGUUGUUAAGUACUAAUGAGGUUUUGCUGUUAGAGAAGAAAAUAUUCAGUAAAAAUGACUGAUGAAAAGAGAACCUAACAAUAUUGGUUCUCAUUAUUAAUAUGGCAAAGUACAUUAAUGAGAUGAUUAUGUUGCACAGUAUUAAGAUUUCCUUAUGAUCUAAAGCUACAGUCACUUUCUCAUACCAAACUUUUGUGUAGUGCAUAGUAACAUACUGUUGAAAUCAAUUUAGAACUGCAUAGAAUCACUAGCAGCUGCAUCAAUGAAAAUAAACUCAAGUUUCACACAAUGGAUAAAAAAAAUGCUUGUAAUCUAAAUGUCCAUAUAUGGAGAUUCACAUUUUAAGACUGACUGGAUUUCGAAGAGCCAUUUUCUUUAACAGAUUGAAAGGGAAAUGGUAUCACAUUCCUUGAUAUAUGUUUGUGCUGGAAAAUAGCUAUGGGGCUAGUAUUGUAUAAGCAAUAAUGAUGCCUCAAGUAAAUCAAAACAGAUUUUCACAGGGCAGUGUAUAUUGUAUAUUUAUACUCCUGGUAUUUGUAAAUAUUUAAUUGUAUUGAUACAGAUUUGAUGUUCUGAUAGAGGGUAUCUAAUUGAAAUACUACUGCUGUAUUGAUAUACUGAAUAUCACUUUCCCUCCACUUUGAUCUGAUUUUAAAUAUUGCCAUCUUAUGUAUAUAUGCAGUUAGGCUGCAAGCAGUGUUUGUUGUUGUCAUUCUCACUGCUGCUACUGUUACUGCAUGUGCUACCUGCCACAAAUGUAAUUGAAUAACAACUGCUUUGAUUGUAAAUAAUGGUGAUAAUAAAAGUAAAUUUUAUUGAA